AUGUUUCUAGGUGACUUUUCGGAGACCGAUGAAUCCAUGUCGGACCAAUCUUCUGAGACUGAAUCCAUGUCGGAGCGAUCGAUAUUCGACACCAACUCAUCUACGCCCACCGAGAAUGACUCUUCUCGUGCUACGUCGGGGGCAUCGACGCCACUAUCCGACAUUUUCUCGCGAGCUGAGGAUACAUCCGACGAUGAAGCAUUUUUGGAGACUCCACCUCCUCGUUAUUCAGGGCGUCGCCGCCGCGGGCUCCGACCGAUCAGGAUCCAAGGUUCCACUCCGACGAGGGCUCCGAUGAUGCCCUACUACAGCACCGAUGGGGGUCCCGCUUUCCCGAUGAGACACAACGACGGUGGCGAGACUACUGCCGGGGUUCCGCACCGGCUUGAAGUCAGCCAAGAUACCCCGAUGGAUCAAUUCAGGCCAUCCGGCUCGAGCCAUCUUCCGCAACCAAACAGCCCUUGGGCUUCACGAUCGCCGUCCCCGUCGCCCUCUAAUCAGACCGAAUCCACACUCGAUUACUGUCCGUUCGAGAUCGAAGAAGACUGGUUGGAAGGUGGAACUGGGAUCAAGGUUCCCGACGUCGGCUCGGGCUCUCGACAACGCGAUUAUUAA